AUGACAGAAGAGAACCAAACUGUCAUCUCUCAAUUCCUCCUCCUGGGCCUGCCCAUCCCCCAAGAGCAACAGCAGCUGUUCUAUGCCCUGUUCCUCGCCAUGUACCUCACCACUGUCCUGGGGAACCUCAUCAUCAUCAUCCUCAUUCUACUGGACUCCCAUCUCCACACACCCAUGUACUUGUUUCUCAGUAAUUUGUCCUUCUCUGACCUCUGCUUCUCCUCAGUCACAAUGCCCAAAUUCCUGCAGAACAUGCAGAGCCAGGACCCAUCCAUCCCCUAUGCAGGCUGCCUGGCACAAAUGUACUUUUACCUGUAUUUUGCAGACCUUGAGAGCUUCCUCCUAGUGGUCAUGGCCUAUGACCGCUAUGUGGCCAUCUGCUUCCCCCUUCAUUACACCAGCAUCAUGAGUCCUAAACUCUGUUUGAGUCUGAUGGUGCUGUCCUGGGUGCUGACCAUAUUCCACGCCAUGCUGCACACCCUUCUUGUGGCCAGAUUAUCUUUCUGUAAGAACAAUGUGAUUCCCCACUUUUUCUGUGACAUAUCUCCUCUGCUGAAGUUGUCCUGCUCUGACACACAUGUUAAUGAGUUGGUGAUAUUCAUUAUGGGAGGGCUGUUUAUUAUCAUUCCAUUCGUUCUCAUUGUUGCUUCCUAUGCAGGAAUUGUCUCCUCCAUACUGAAAGUUACUUCUGUUCGCGGCAUCCACAAGGUCUUCUCCACCUGUGGGUCACAUCUGUCUGUGGUGUCGCUCUUCUAUGGGCCAAUUAUUGGCCUUUACUUAUGUCCAUCAGCUAAUAACUCUACUGUGAAGGAGACUGUCAUGGCUAUGAUGUACACAGUGGUGACUCCCAUGCUGAACCCCUUCAUCUAUAGUCUGAGGAACAGAGACAUGAAGGGGGCCCUGGGAAGAGUCCUUUGUAAGAAGAAAAUUCCCUUCUAUCUUUGA